AUGACCUGAUCUGCAGUACCACGCCCGUCGCCCAAAAUCCCUAAGCCCAGCCCAACGGUUACGUUUUGUGGGUUAAGCCCUUAACCCCUAUUCUUCUUCCCCCAGCCCCGAUCUCCUCUUCCCACUGUUGUGCGCCCCCCAUAUCUCCGUCGCCCCCUUCCUCCCACACACAAAGGCCGCCGCGAGCCAUCGCACCGAGCAGCCACUGCCGUAGUCAACUGCCACCGGUAAGUCCUCUUCAUCCGCCUCCCUAUCUAAAUCUCUCCGCUUGUAUCCCUCUCUCUGCUCCGAGAUAUUUUCCCCGUUGUAUGCCUCACGCCGACGCCAUCCGUCCCUAGUUUCCGUCGCCGAUGCCUUUAAUUCCUACUCAUUCUUGUACGCCUUACACCGAAAGUAGCCUUAAGCUAAAACCCUAAGGUUUUUGGUUGACCAGUUGAGGCGCUCUCUCUCUCUCUCUCUCUCUCUCUCUCACUGUGAAGAAGAUCAAGAAUGACCAAGUUCAGGAAGCUAAGUCGACCCACGGGUCACCGAAUGUCCAUGCUCAGGACAAUGGUGUCCCAAUUGGUGAAACACGAGCGCAUCGAAACCACUGUUGCUAAGGCAAAAGAAAUUCGGCGCCUUGCAGAUAAUAUGGUGCAGCUUGGAAAAGAGGGUUCCCUCUGUGCUGCUAGGCGCGCUGCUGCUUUUGUGCGAGGUGAUGAUGUCAUUCACAAGCUAUUCACCGAACUGGCUUAUCGAUACAAAGAUAGAGAAGGUGGAUAUACAAGACUGCUACGGACUCGUAUACGAGUUGGUGAUGCUGCCCCAAUGGCAUAUAUUGAGUUUAUUGACCGAGAUAAUGAACUUAGGCAAGCAAAGCCCCCCAAUCCUCAACCACCUCAGAAAGCGCCCCUCGAUCCCUGGACAAUAUCUAGGGUCAGCAAGCAGUUUGCACCACCAAAGGAGGAUAUAUCGGCGUCUGAGAUAUGAAGUCUCAUGGUGUAAAGCCGCAUGUUAUAACAGAGAAAUUUUGUUUCAUACUUCAGUAGCGUGGAGCCAUGGCUUUAUUUAAUUGACAGCUUUACGGUUUUGAAUAAAUGUGGUGUGUAAACGGAUGCUAAACAAUUAUCAAUUUAGCUGUUUCUGUGUUGAGUUUUGCAUUGAAACAAGCUUUUAUAAUAUAACUGUGAAUCCUUCCUUUUCA